AUGUUGCCAGUUGCGCAGAUUGCCCAAGAAGAGGGACCAUCAAAACUAAUGGGCGACCUCACCGUUGACGCUGCGCAGACAUCUUUUAUGUGUAUUCUGUACAUAGCAUUAGGUUUUACAUCGAUUAUAUGCAACUCUUUGAAUUUAUGGAUAUGGUUAUCAAACCGUGAUCUCAGGAGAAAGUACCUCUAUCUCAUGGCAUUGGACGCCGGAGAAUUCGUUAACGGAAUCAGCUAUGUGCUCUGUGGUUCUGGACGAGGAUUAGGACUAAUCACUGGUCGUCUGUCGCAACCGAUUACCGUUAGACAAUGCUACUUCAAUAUGUACUGGCCGCAUUCGCUGAUUCUCGGCACCGAACUGCCAUCUUUUGGCAUCAUUCUCAUCGCAUGCGAACGGUUAUGCGCUGUGCUACGGCCGGCUGCUUAUAAACGUAUCUUCAUGGGACAGACCAAAUAUUUUCUCUUGGCUAUAAUACCAACGGGUGGAAUAAUAUCGACGAUAGUUGGCGGUUUAAGCGCGCUGGGUAGAGAAGGGGAUGUGCUUGUGAAGACACAGCACUGUGCAAUCAUUAAUAGCACAGCAAUAUGGUACUCAACUUUUCACUUCGUUUUUAUCGUACUCGCUUAUGUAAUAUCAUUUAUAUCGAUUUUUAUUGUCUGGAGAAUUUCACAGAAAUUCACUCGAGGAAAAGUCGGUGGCGAGAAUCGUCUAGGGAUAAUGCUAAUGAUCACUGGCUCUUCGAUAUUUUUAGUUGGCUCCGAAUCAAUAGUCAUGAUAUUCAUCAAAUGGGGAGUCUAUGCAUUCCCUGAUCUCGUCGUUGCUUUGACGUACGCUAUGCCUGGUUUUUUAUCAUUAUUCAACACUACUAUUAAUUUCAUAUUCCGUUCAGAAUUCAGAAAUCAGUUCUUUCGACUGAUUAAUGUAAAGGAUCCAUUAGCAAAUUCAUCCAAUAGCAAGGGCCAUGUAUGGGUGCAGCCUCUUCCAAGCAAAUUUACUUUCACUAUUACUCAUCCUUCUCACCCAAUCAAAACGCAGAUGACAGCAGCUUGA